CUUCAGGUAAUUCCGCGAAAGGGAGGAGCGAGGAGAGCGUCGAGACGUUGGGAACCUCUGAAGCUUGAAACCCUACUUCAUUGCUCUCCUCAUCGUUCUUCAACGUCCAGGCUGCCGUCGCGGGUGGUCGUGUGUCGUCCGUCCGUCCGCCUUCCUUCUUUCUUUCGUUUCCCUCAAGGUUUCGAGUUGCUGUCUUUUUCUCCUUCCCUGUCCGCUGUUCUAGUCUCUUCUUCCUUCAUCUAUAUAUUUGGGAAGUUAGCGAUUCAAGGUUGAUCCUUCUUCGCUUGCUGAGGUUGUGGUGUGUGAUUGAAGCUUGGGUUUUGCUGAUCGUGCGAAGUCUUCCUCCUUCUCUGUGCUACUGAGGGCGUGUGAGUGUGGCCUCCCAUUGUGUUGUAACAUCUAUUAGGUUCAUUAAUAAUACCAAUCCAAUGGAUGAGAGAGUUGGAAAGAAAAGAUCCAAGUUUAACAGGAGCAAGGUCUCUAUGGAUGUGCAAGCAAAUGAUGAAGAGGAUCUGGGACAUAUUCUUAAGGUGGAAACGGAUAUAGAAAAUAAGCAGAAGCAUAAGGAUGAAAAGAGCAAAUGCAGAACUGAUGAAGUGUUGAAUUUGAUCAAAGUUGUUGAGGAAAAUUGUGCAGGUAUAGCUGGUAGGGGACGAAAUUGUUCAAGUGCAGGGGAUGCCACAUUUAUGAGAAUUACAGAAGAGAACAGUAAAAGUAACAGGAAGAAACGGAAGGAGGGAAAAGAUAAUGAUGAAAUAAUCAAUGGUAUCAUUGAUCGUGAUAAUGAAAUGCAGUUCUUAGAUGACAAGCAAGAAAGGAAAACAAAGAAAAGAAAACAUUGCAAUGAUUCCAUCCCUGAAAUGCAAGUUUUUGCUUUGAAAUUGAGAGGUGAAAACAAUGGAACAGAGGCUAUUGGGUUGAAAAGCAAUGAAGCUGGAUCAUCUUUAGCCGGAGCCAAGACGAUAGAUGCUAAUACAGAUUCUGUUGUCAUGAACAAUGAUGAUCAAGGGAAGAAGAUUAAGAAGAAGUUAAAGGAGAAGAAGAAACUAACCAGCAAAAGCAAAAGAACAGAAGAUGAUGAAUUCAAAAGCAAUGGUGGUGAUCAAGCUUUAGCUGAAAGUGAUGAAGGUGAUCCCAAUUUAGAGAAAAGCAAUAUGGGGGAUGCUGUUGAGCAUGCCAGUUUUACCAAAGGUGAUGAUCAAGGCGAGAAGAAGAAGAAGAAAAUGAAAAAGAAGAAGAGCAAGGAAGAUAAAGUUAAGUUUUCUGAUCAAGCUUUAGCUGAAAGUGAUGAAGGUGAUCCCAAUUUGGCAAAACACAAUAUGGGGGAUGCCGUUGAACAUGCUAGUUUUAUCAAAGGUGGUGAUCAAGAUGAGAAGAAGAAGAAAAUGAAAAAGAAUAAGAAGAGCAAGGAAGAUAAACGGGUUAAGUUUUCUGAUCAAGCUUUAGCUGAAAGCGAUGAAGGUGAUCCCGAUGUAGCAAAACACAAUGUGGGGGAUGCUGCUGAACAUGCUAGUUUUACCAAAGGUGACGAUCAAGGCAAGAAGAAGAAAAAAAUGAAAAAGAAGAAGAAAAGCAAGAAAGAUAAGCGAGUUAAGUUUUCUGAACAAGUGGAGGUUUUCAAUGAUCACUUAGUACAAGGGAAAAGGUUUACACCAGAGGAAGAUGAGAAGAUUAUAGAGGCUAUUUACAACUAUAUAUAUUCUCAUGGGUUGGGUGAUCGUGAUCAAGGGGUGGACAUGAUUCUCCAUUGCUCAUCUUAUCCUAAGAUUAGAGGUUGUUGGAAGGAAAUUGCAUCAGCUUUACCUCACCGGCCUCUAGAAAGCGUAUAUCAUCGUGGUCAUAUUUUGUUUGAAAGGGAUGACUCUCGUAAAUGGACUCCUGAAGAGUUAGAAAUCGUACGAAAUUUCCAUAAAAAGCAUGGAUCUAACUGGAAAAUGUUGGCUGACGCAAUGGGGAAACAUCGGUUUCAUGUAAAGGAUGCAUGGCGUAGGAUAAAAUUGGGAAAUAUCAAUAGAGGAAAUUGGUCACAAGAGGAGUAUCAAAAAUUAUUUGAUUUAGUAAAUGCUGAUCUAUGUCUGAGGGCUUUAGAGGACAAAAGAAAACAAAAACAUGGUAUGCUACGGGAUAAUAUAUGCUGGGAGGCAAUUGGUGAUAAGGUGGCAACUAGAACCAGUCAACUUUGCUGUAUGAAGUGGUAUGAAAAAUUAACAUCUCCUCUUGUCGCUGAAGGUGAAUGGGCUGAUACUGAUGACUAUCGCCUGCUCAAUGCUUUAUAUACAUUGGAUGCCUGCUGCAUGGAGGAGGUGGAGUGGGAUUAUUUGCUUGAGCAUAGGUCUGGUGAUGUAUGUAGAAAACGAUGGAAUCAAAUGGUCCAGCAUAUUGGGGAGCAUGGGAACAAGUCAUUUUCUGAGCAAGUAGAAAUUCUUUCCAAGAGAUAUCGUCCUGACUUAGUGGAAGCAAGAGAAGCCUUUGAUAACAAGCCUGUGAUCCCUUGAGGAAUUUGUCCAGUUGUGUUGUCUCUUUGAAAUAUGCUGAUCUCUUAUCACAGGGUAGAUUGUAGUUACGAUUUUGUGAGGUUCAAAUCUGUUUUGAAUUUCAGUUGCUGGAAUUUGUAACAGUAUGUGGCAUCUUAUACGAGUUUGCUUUGAUAAAAUCUGGAUCCCCUGCUAACUGUUUGGAAGGGAUUCUGUUUCUCA